UUUAUUUUAAUUAUUCAUAUUUUGUUAAUACACCAAAAUAUUUAAAAUGUCGUCUUCAAAUGAAAAUAAUCACUCUGGUGGAGAUAAUACCAACAACACAUCAACAACAAACAUUUUCGGAUCCAGUACCAAGUCAUCAAUAAGUUCUCUCUUUGGAGCUUCUACUGACAGUAAUCAACAGGAUAAAACAGAACAACAUUCAGAGUUAAAUCAGCCUUCCACCACUUCAGAUGGCGCGGUUUCUUCUUCAACGUCACAAAAGUUUGAACACAGAGAUAAUUCGGCUGAAGGAGCCUAUGAUUUGUUUGGAACUAUGGGUACAACAAAAACCACAGUCUUUGGGACAAAAGAGUCAGAAACCUUGAAUGAUUUAUCAGGCUUUGGAGAAACAAACGCCGCUGGCGUAUCACCACCAAAAGAUGCCGUUGAUGAUGAAACAUCAUUUGUUUCAGGUGAUCAAACUAAUAAAGAUGAAAGUGGUAAACCUUUAGGUGUGUUUGGAAAAUCUGAUGGAUUUGGAGUUUCAACAUUUGACGCCGCCAAAACAAGUAAUUUGUUCGCAGAUACUCACUUUACAAGAGCCUCCGAAUUAUUGAUGCAAUCACAGCAUAAAGAACCGCCAGUGCUGCAUACACACAUAGAAAAACCCAAUGAAGCACAGCACCUUGACUUGAGUAAGUUGACUGAGAGUGAUUUUGGAGAAGGCUACGAUUCAAAUUUGUACUCAGUAGAAGAUAGAGAUGAUGAAAAGUUAAAUAAACAGAAGGAACAACUAUACGGAGAAAGUAAAUUAAAGGCCGAAGAUUCAUCUCUAUUUUCUAAGCCUAAAGAACCUGAAACCUCAAGUUUAUUUGCAACACCAGACCCUAUGAAAACAACCACGGAACUAUUUGGGCCACCUGAUAAGGCAUUAAAGUCGUUUGAAACCUUUGGGUCAGGUGAAAAGUCCGCGACAAGUCUAUUUGGACAAACUGAACCAAAGACUGUAACAUUAGGUUCAGUUACAGCUCCUACAUUUAAUCUUGUGGAGACUGAUCAGACCCACAAGGUUACAGAGUCUAGCCUGUCAUCAAAGACUGAGAGUUUAACCACGAGCUUGACUGAGCCAGGUGACUCAAAACCAUCAUUGUUUGGGUCGACAAAAUCAAACUUAUUUGGUGAUUUAUCCAAACCCGCAACAUUUGGAACUGAUGAUAAUAAAUUGUUAGCUCCGUCCUCUGGUACCAGUUUGUUUGGUUCAACAGAUAACAAAUCAACUAAUUUGUUUGGAAGUACCACCACUACAAACUUAUUUGGUACUCCAGACCAAUCUAGUACGACAACUAGUUUAUUUGGUAGCGCGGAUACAAGUAAGGCUGGCGGUUUAUUUGGCAGUACUACAACUAGUACUGGGUUGUUUGGAGCUCAGGAUAAGGCUGCUGAUACUACUACUAAAACUGGUACUACAGACUUAUUCGGAUCUGCCCAGAAAACAGAUAAUUUAUUUGGAUCAACGACAACUACUACUGGAGGAUUAUUUGGCAGUACAGAUACAAGUAAAACUGGCGGCCUUUUUGGUAGUACCACUCCUGCCACGACCAACCUAUUUGCCACAACAGAUGCUACUACCACCGCUAAUCUAUUUGGUACUACAGAUAAAACAAGUACUACUACAACUAACUUGUUUGCAACUUCUCAGCCAUCAACUACCGGAGGUUUAUUUGGAUCAACAGAUACCACGAAUAAGACUGGUGGUCUAUUUGGAAGUACUGAUACAACUACUACUACUGGUGGACUGUUUGCUUCCACUACAGCACCUGCGACAACUGGGUUGUUUGCUACAAAUGAUAAACCUGCCACUACUACAGGAGGCCUGUUUGGAGCUACAGAAAGCACAACUUCAGGGCCUUUAUUUGGCUCAACUGAUACAGGUUCAUCUCCUCCUAAGGAUCUUUUUGGGAAAACCGAUAAACCAACAACUGGAGGUUUAUUUGGGGCACCUGAUACUUCUGGGCCUCUAAUGGGUCAGGCUGACACUGGAUCAAAAACGGGACUUUUCGCAACUGAUGCAGGGAAAGCUCCACUUUUUGGGACAGAUUCAGGUAAAACAGGGGAUUUACUAGGUCAAACUGAUUCGUUGAAACCCAAAGAAGUUGCACCAAAGGUUACAUUUACAAUGCCAUCAACUGAUACAGCAGAGCCUACAAAAACAACUUCAACAUUGGGAGUAACUCAGACUCCAUACGCUGGAACGCAGGAUACAACUAAAUUAGACGUAGACUUUAGCGUUACUGAACAACACACGAUCGCAGAAUUAUUAGAUAGUUGGGAAAAGAGAGUAGCGAAGAAGGUUGAGUCAUUCAACCUUUUCUCAGAUAAAGUCGCUACAAUAGAUAGGCAAAUAGUCCAGCAGUGUAAUAAUAUUAAUAGCCUCUUAACAAUGCACAAAGAGCUAUUGGAAAAACAUAAAAAAAUGGAAGCCUCAAUUAAGACAAUGGAAGAGGAACAGAAGAUGGCACUCUCAGUGUUAGAUAACAUGGAAAGAGUACUGAAAGGGAAACUUGAGACACUGAAUAAUAGAAGUAACGGAUAUAACAUGGUACAAGCAAUAACAAGGAACCUACAGGAACUAUCAGAUCAGUUAUCAACGACCACAAAAGUAGCAGAGGAUACAGCAGAGGCAUGUCAGCCAGAGCCGCUCUACACAAUCGCAAAAGUGCUCUCAUUCCAUCAAGUGAGUCUUAUAGACCUCGAAAAGCAGUGUGAUGAGAUAGACCGAAGAAUUAAGGCACUAAACCCGAGUUUAACAUUAUAAACAAGUGGAAUUUUAAAAUUAAAGUUUAACAAACAUUUGUUAUUUAUAAUUUUGUGUAAUUUUAAA